ACAACAGAAGGGGGCUGACCCCGGCCACGUGACAGCCAACUCGUACUACGCCGCUGCCCUGCUGCUGCUGCUGUAGCGGUGUGUGUGUGUGUUUAUGUGUAUGUGCGUGUGUGUGUGUCUGCCUUCUUUUCUCAUAGUUUGGUUGUGGUCGGCCCGAUCACAGAGCAGAGCCUGACGUUUGGAGGGAGGAAACACAGGCAGGUAGCUUCAAACAGGCACUUAAAGAUGGAGCUGUCGGCGGUGGGAGAUCGCGUUUUCGCCGCGGAAGCCAUACUGAAACGCCGCGUCCGAAAGGCAAGACUUGAAUACUUGGUGAAGUGGAAAGGUUGGGCAAUGAAGCACAGCACUUGGGAGCCAGAGGAGAAUAUUCUAGAUGAUAGGCUGAUACUGGGCUUUGAGCAAAAGGAACGAGACAGAGAAUUGCAUGGGCCGAAGAAACGGGGGCCAAAACCCAAAACCCUUGCUAUGAAGGCUCGUGGUCGGAAAGGAGGGAACAGCAGCCGAAUCUCUAAUUCCCGCCAGACCACAUCAUGUUCUUCUGUGUCCACUUCCAGCAGAGCAACUCCCUCUCCUUCUACGUCCGCCGCUCCUCAUCGCUUGGGAUCUUCAUCCUCCUCUUCCUCAACUGUAGCACCCUCUCCUAAACUCAGUUCCCUUGCAGCCACACACAAGCUGAAGAAAGACAUUCAUCGGUGCCAUCGGAUGUCCAGGCGCCCUCUUCCCCGCUCAGAUCCAAUGGCAUCCUCCUUCUCCAACCCUGGUGGCUUCCCCUCCCGCCCCCACAUCUCCCCCUUCUCAGAAACCGUGCGCAUCCUCAACCGUAGAGUCAAACCCCGGGAGGUCAAGAGGGGCCGAAUCAUCCUCAACUUGAAGGUCAUUGACAAGCCAGGUAGGGGUGGUACAGCUACAAGCGGCAGGAACAAUACAGUAGGACGCCAAAAUAUACCUUCACGCAAUCGCAUCAUUGGGAAGAAGGGUGAGGCACCCUAUAGACCAUUCCAGCCUCCUAUGAAGAUGCUCGGGUUCCCCAUGUAUGGGAAGCCCUUUGGGCUACAGUGUGGCGGUCUUCAGCCCUUUCCCUCCCAUCCAGGGUCAUGCUCAAGCACAGGGGCGAGGGACUCCCACUCCUCUUCCUCCAAGUACCAGUCGCCUCCUUCUCCUUCCAACUCCAGUUGCUCUGAAGGAAAGUCAACCACCAAUGCAGCAGCUGCAAAAUCCCAGGGAUCUGCAGGAGCACCUUCAACUGGAGGUCCAAAGUCCAGUACACCUCAAACAGAGACCCAGAAGGGCACCAAGCCACCAGCUCCUCCCCAAUCCUCAGAUGAAGACCCCACAGCAUCAGGUUCUCCUUUCCUACCCUCGUCCCCCUCUUCUUCCUUGGAGGAUGAAGAGGAGGAGGGUGCCCCGGAUCAUUCAGAGGGAGGCAGAAGGAAGCCUUCCCAACAGAGGGCUAAACACCAGCUGCCGGCCUCCUCUUCUUCUGAUACUCCUGGUGACAAGAGCUCUACCCCAACCGAACCCAAAAGGGUGCCCGCAGAAGGAGACCCAGAUUGGCAUCCUGAAAUGGCCCCGAGCUGCAAGGAUGUGGUGGUCACUGAUGUCACCACCAACCUCGUAACCGUCACCAUAAAAGAAUUCCCUUCUCCUGCCUCCUGCCCUGCUUCACCCUCAACUAGCCCUGAGGAAGCCUCCUCCCCUCCCCCAAGUAACACCUCUGACAACCCUUCUCCCCCUAAGCCAUAGGAGAUCAGAUAUUAUGAAAUUUAUUGCCAUAGAUGAUGAAAAUUUUUACCAGUGUUGCCACCCUAGUCCCCUUGUACCUUUUCCUAAAAGGUGUCAAAUUUGUCAAAUGAAAUGUAUUUCAGCUUAAAACCACCCAGCAACUAAAUAGUACAAAAGAGAUUUUUCUUUUGAAAAAAGGAUUGUAAACAUUUGAAGAGGGAAGCCUAUACGCCCUAUAUGUCACUUAAAUUUACAUAUUUUGUCCACUUGCACAGCACUGACUCUUUUGAUUCAGAGUUGGAGUAAUAUAGUAUUUGUUUCUUACUUGCUUUAGAUAUGCCGAGUUUAGCUUAUUUGGUGCAAUAAACAGUUUUCCAAAAAGUGAAAAAUAUUCCCUAUUUUGAGUUUUAGAGCUUUUAUCAAGCUGACUUGACGUAUGUGAAAGAAACAAAUACUUUUCUGAUUCAGACCCUGCUGUGAAGGCUGUAUUGACAGCUUUUAGUGUUUUUUUCCUCAAAGGAGGUCCAGCUUGUUAAUGAUAAAUGAGAUAAUGUGUUUUGCACUUAACUCAAUUGGACUCUCAUAUAUUGCAUCAAUACAGCGAGUAAAUGCAAUGCACUUGACUGCAUCGAAAAAAAACUAUCAAUUUUUCAAGGCCUUGUCCUCUUGCUCUCUUGAAUGCACAUGCAUAUACAUACAGUGCAAAUUAGUAUUUAUAUGCACGCACAACCUUAAAAGCUGCAAAAUAAUACACAAAAAAUAGUUAAAAAACCCUUUCCCUGCUUGCCUUGUUUUCUCACUAACACACCACCAUCUUUGACUUUGUAAUGUCCUCUAAGACUCUAAACUGGCCUGCAGUUAGUUGUGAAAUUCUUCCUUCAUUUCAGAUAACUUCUUAUCUCUUUGAGGUAUAGAAGGUCCAUUAGCUGAACACAGUUCAGGCUAACACAAACCCCCCAAAUGCAGACAAAAAACAGCAAUUUGUUGAACUCUUGAGUUACUCAGUAGGUGUUUGAAGGUUUUAUCUGGGCAGUUUUAGCUGGUAAAUAUCAAUAGUGACUGGGGGGUUUGUAGUUCAAACAACUUCACAACCUAUUUUGAUUCUUUGGGUGUUUCUGUGUUUUGAAAAAAAUGCUAAAUAAGCUUUUUUAUUCACAAGUUUUAAUAGAUACAGUUCUUUAGCCUAGGUCGGUCUCCUGCUAUCAACAGGAGUAUAAACCAAUCCAGUCCAAGACUUCUAAGGCAGCCUUCACACUGCAAGCCUUCAUGCUCAAUUCAGAUAUUUUUUGCUCAGAUUGAUUUUUGUGUUUGUUCUCUUCACAUUGCUUUUUUAAUGUGACCUGUAUCAGACUCCUGUGGGAAUCUACAUAUGAAAGUGGCCCAAAUCUGAUUUGAAAAUAUCAGAUUCCAUGUUACUUGUGCUGUUCACACUGUCGUAAAAUCACUCUACAUAUAAGCUAAAAAAUCAGAUUCAGGUCACUUUUGCCUGCAGUGUUAAUGCAGCCCAAGCGUUCGAGGACAAAGGUUUAACACCAACUGUUUCUAGGCAUGGCUGGGUUACUGUGCAAGUUGCUUUCAGGUAUAACAUAAACAGAAAUGCAAUUGGACUUUUGGUAUCUGAGAAAAUAAAUAGAAAUUUAUUUUUUACACUUGGAAUGUUAACUUGCAGAUGAAGCAGUUUGGUCGACUUUGUCAAACAUUGACCUUAAGCAGGCAAUAGGUCUGUUUGUAGCUGAGUUUGUGAAUCAGAAAACCUAAGCCUGGGGCCAUGGUUUCCUGCUGGCAAACCGUUGGGAGAGAGUUACUCCAUCAAGCUAAGGAGUUCAAGUAUCUUGGGGUCGUGUUCAGGAACGACUUUAGAAUGAAUAGUGACAUAAACAGAGACUCAGGUGCAGCCUGAGCAGUAAUGAAGGCAUUGUACUGAAGAGGGAGCUGACCUGGAAGGCAAAGCUUUAAAUAUACCAAUCAAUAUUUUCCAACCCUCACUUACAGUAUUGGACUUUGGAUAGUAAUGAAAAGAAUGGAAUCACACAUGAAUAAGUGGACACACGUGACAACAUAAAUUUGUUUUGUCUUUGUGGUGGCUAGAUAGAUGGUUUGAACAUUGAAUAGGCAUCUCCUUUGAUGCAUGUCCAACUAAGAGGAGUAUCAGCAUUUUACAACCCAUUUCAAUGUGAAAGUUGGUGCAAAACAUUUUUACAUCGAUUUAAUUGUCCAUGACACCUACUCUCAGUAUUUAAAAGCUGCCUUCUAUUCCAUCGAUCCAUUUGGUCUUAACUGUGGGGGGUUAUCUGACUGGAUCAAGGAUCAACUGUGAUCGGUUGCACCACUAGAAAUAGUCAAUUCAGUUUGGAGAUUUCCCAGGAGGUUCUGCAAAUUGAAGUAAAAGAAAAUGGAUGGAAAGAAACUUUCUGUAACUUUCCAAAGGUGUCAUUUCUGUGGCCACCACUUCAGCUUUUCUCUGAACCUUAUAUCAUGGGUGGUUAGAUAUAUUUCCUUCCAUUUCCAGAUGCGAUCCAUCAGUAUCAAAAGAGAAGGUAUGACUGGAUACUGAACUUUUUGAAAACUAAAUGUAUUCAAACAAAACCAGUCAAGCUGUUAUCAACUGUCAUUUAGUUACACCAUGCCGAUAUGCCUUUUUUGAGGUCAGCUAAUGUCUGUGGCAAUGCUGCUGAACUAUUCUGCCAACUAAAACUAAAUGGGAUGGUGUUUAGAAAAUCUAGGCAAAAUUCAGUAAUCCUUUGACUUGCUGUCAGCAUAAUUUACCAGUCACAAGUGCUUGCAUUAAGUCAUGCAGAACAGCAAGAACAACCCUGAACCAAUCUCAAUUUGACUCAUGUUUUUAUCUGCUGAAGUGUCUGUGGGCGAAACACUAUUCAUGCAUUAGUCCCUGACCUUUAACAAUGUACUUACCCGACUUAUAGUUUCAAGUUGAUCUUGGCCACAUGAAGUGGACUCUAUAAGGAAUUAGAACCAAGGCAGUCUUGGAACCCAUCUGAAAUGAUCAUCGAUCAUUGUCUGACUACGGUAUAUGCCACUGCAAAUGGAUUGCCAAUUUCUCUGUAAUUCCUGUGUAGCCAGUGGUUGGUGUUAAACAACUUCCAGCAGGAAGAUCCUUUUCUGUGCUGACUACAUCAGCAAUGUAAAUCAUUUCAUAGUCCAGUUCAAGAGUAGAGUCUGUUCAUUUUUUUCUCGUGAGUCUCAGUUCAACAGUAGAUUAUAGUUACACAGAGGCUUCACUCUGGCUUGCUUCAGUGGUAUGAGCCUGAAAAAAUAGUAGCAUUUUCUUGUGAUUUGCUUGCAUUACAGGGCCUUAUGUUUGAAAGUUCAAAGCGAAUAACAUCAUAAUAUGGGUUUGUUAAAAUUCAAAAUGUCACUUUUUUUUCAAAGUCUUUUCUCGAGGAUAAGAAAAACACUUAAAAAACGUUUGUUAAAUGGAGGUCAGAUUGAUCAGUACUGAUGCGUUUAAGGUAGUCAGGGGGGAUACAAGCACUGAUUGGUUUCACAACGCAGCAACAAUUAGAUACAAGCACUGACGCAGCAUCGGUCUCUAGACCUUUCCAAACUUUGGUUCUUUUUCUGGUAUACCUGUGUGUUGUACUAUUUUAAAAUCUCGUAUUGCCUUAUAGCUGCUCCCUUCAACCCCGGCUGCACUUCAGGCCACUUUUACCUCUUCUUCAGUUCUACCACGCUUAAAUGCUGCAACUGCAAUUGUUAAGUAAACAGAUUUCACUAUCUCUAUCAGUCACUCUUUUGAAGAGCUUCAGAUGUCUCAUCUCUUCUUAAGUUGCAGACGCAGUUUUGUGAUUUUCACUCAGAUGAGGAAGGAGUCGCCUCCUCUCCUGUCAUGUACUGAAUGGUGCUUCUAAUUGUUGUCAAUACCGUUUCAAUACUCUCAUAGGUUACAUAUGGAAAGAUUUAUUCCAAAGUUACACAUGAAGAAGAGAUUGAAAUACGACUGUAAUGACUUAAUUGAAAUUAUGAUGCUUUUAUAAAGGACAGUAAUUAACUGAAAUCUUGAAACAAGACUGGGCUCUGUAUUUUCCAUAAACUAAAGGAUACAUUUCUUCUCCCAUUGGAUAUGUCGUGGUUUAAAAUAGAUUUUUCCAUCUACUGUAUCUUCGAUAUCUUUAAGUGGUGGUUAGAAGUUGCAGUUGGUAGAUGUGUAAGGUAUAAGGUUGCUAGGCAAUGUGUCCAACGAAUGAUAGCAAUGUUUUUUGUUCUCAUAUGGGGUAGCACAACUCAGCAUAGUGGCUUAUCUUUCAACCAAAUAGGGCUCUUGAUUUUAUUCUUUGACUUUUUAAAGCAUUUUUUUUCCCUUUUGAAUUGUUUAACUUUGAUAUGUGAUGUAAUUUUAAGUGCUAGACUUAUUUAGCACUGAUUGGAUAAAAGGAAGGACGCUGAAUUAAAUGUACGGUAACAUAUGCUAAAAAUAAUGGAAAUUUGCUUUUUAUGGCAUUUUUUUCCUUUAUACUGUAUUUUAAUACUUUUUUUGAAUUUGCAUAAUGAUGUUAAUGUGAUGCUGUUCUUUGGUCGCCAUUUUUUUAAAAGUCCAUAUUUGGGUUUGAUUAGAAGGCAGUGAUUUUAAUUUGUCAAGACUGCAGUUAGGUCUGCUUUAAUGUUAAUAUGAAUUAUGUACAUUGUAUUGAUCGUAAUAACGAGGAGAUGGAGGAUAAUGACAUUGUAAUGUAUCUGAACUUCUGAAGCAUGUUUUGCAAACCCUUAUUGUACAGAUUAUGUAUUCAUUGUCAUGUUAUCUGUUACUGUUGUUGCUCUCAGUGUGUGUUUCUUGUACAAGGCUUUUAAUUAAAAGCUCCUUAAAAGCA